AAUUCAUUCUGMGAACAACAAAAUCAACAUUUCAUUGCCAAAGUUCAAAGAAAUUAUUUCAUUUCUAUAUUCUGUGUGCUAGUUUACCAUGGCAGAGUCGCCUGAAGAAGGCGUUCCUUUGAAAAAGAAAGACGAUGAAGCCGUGGCAGAAAAGGCAAAUUCAACGAAUUCAACAGAAGCGGCUGGCAUCGUUUUGAGCAAAGUUAAAGCUCUUUUAAUUAUUGUCGGAAUUGUGGUUCUCAUUGUAAUAAUUAUUAUUCUAGCUGUUCUCCUUAGUAAAGAGAAAGCAAAACGACCKAUCAAAGAAGGAAAAACAGAUAAAGAAGGAACUAAUAAGCCAACAAUUCCACCAACAUUACCUCAAGGCCCAUGGGAUAACAUACGUCUACCAAGGACUAUUAUACCAUCACAUUAUGASCUCCAUUUGAACGUGGAUCCCAAUAAGGAAGGAUUCAGUGGCAAAGACAAGAUUGCUGUUGCUGUUGUAAAUACAACAUCUCAUAUAAUUAUCCAUUCUCAUCUUAUAAAUGUUACCAAGGCUAGUGUUUCCAAGAAAGGCUCAAGUGGUGUUGGUAUCAAAAAGCAAUUUCAUGUUGAAAAGACAAAUUUUCUUGUUUUGGAAACURAAGAGCCUCUCAAGGGGGAGUACAUUCUUGAGUUUGAGUUCAAUGGCUUUUACAGAAAAGGCCUUUUUGGGUUGUUUAAAGGUGUAUACAGGCAAAAUACUGGAAAAACUGCGGUUUUUCUUUCAACUCAACUUCAACCCCUUGAUGCAAGGACCAUAUUUCCAUGCUUUGAUGAACCUGCCUUUAAAGCCACAUUUACAAUCAGUUUAGCAUAUCCCAAGGGUAUGAUAGGAUUAUCUAACAAUGAGAUAGACAAAGAAGAAGUCAAAGAUGAUACAAAAACWACUUACUACAAAAAGACACCAAUUAUGUCAACUUACUUGGUGUCAGUUGUGAUUGGUGACUUCAAAAGUAAAGAGCUAAAGACUCCAAGUGGUGUUAUGCUCAGAGCGUUUGCCCAACCUGGUAAUACUGACCAAAUGGACUUUUCACUGAGAAUGGGUAACGAAACAUUCACACAGAUGGAAAAUAUUUUUGGUAUCAAGUACCCUAUGAAAAAGUUGGACUUUGUUGCCCCUCCUGAGUGCUUCAUUGCCAUGGAGAAUUGGGGCUCUAUUCGUUUUGAAGAAGAUGGCCUUCUUUACAAGAAGGAUUUUUCAUCUGAAGAAAUCCAGCAAAACCUGUUGAUAAGAUGGCUGCCUCAUGAGMUCAUACAUAUGGUACUUAAUAGAUAUUGUUUUCCCGUAGCUUCGUCUUGUUCAGAACCAGUUUACCAAUUGAAUGAAGCUGUGACAGACUUCUUUACUUAUCACGAUGGAUCUCCAAAAUCUCUUGACAGCUGGAAAAGGAGUGAGCAGUUUGUGCACACGAACUUAGGCUAUUCAUUGGGCAUUGAUGGCCUCGUCAAUUCACGUCCUGUGGUUGAACCAACAAAUAUACCCAACUGGGAUACAUUUGAUAAUAUUGUUUACAAAAAGGGAUCUUCACUUUUAAAUAUGUUGAAGAAUAUUUAUCCCAAAAAAGAAGGCUAUAUUGAAGGAAUGAAGACUUACCUUACAAGGCACUCUUAUAAAAAUGCAGUCGGCAGCGACAUGUGGGAUGCUUUGCAAUCUACGUGUACGGACAAGGAGUGUGCUGACUUCAAAGAGUUGAUGAAAACAUGGAUGACAGAGACCAACUAUCCCGUCCUUACCGUCAAGAAAGGUGAUGGUGGAAAGUACGUCGUUCAACAAGAAAGAUUUGUUUACGACAAAACUGCYAAAGUCGACAAAAGGAUGUGGGUGCUACGUUUUUCAUACGUGAAAAGUUCAAAUAAUCAGUCGGACCAAAARCCAAAAACUCUCACAAAUAAAUGGAUGAAUAACCCAGCAGAGCAGAAGCCACUAGAAUCAAUGGUUAUCCAGUGGGACGGUCGAGGUUGGAUAAAAGGCAAUUUGGAACAGAAGGGUUUCUACAGAGUCAAUUAUGAAGAUACAACGUGGGGGCAUUUGUCCCAUCAACUAGAAUACAAACACGAGGUUUUCUUCGCAACUGAUCGCUAUGGUCUUCUUGAUGAUGCAUUUAACCUAGCAAGGGGAGAGAGAGUGAGCAUCAAAAGGGCCAUGGACAUGACCAAGUACAUUAAUAAAGAAAGGGAAUAUCUACCGUGGAUGGCAGUAUACAAGAAUCUACAAUAUAUCGUAGGGAUUUUACCUAGCGAUAGCGCAGUUAAUCAACAUCUUAAGAAAUACUUAGCGUAUCAAAGUCAGUCCUUUUACGACUCUCUUGGGUUUAAGAAUACUGGUAGCCAUCUUGAAAAGUUAUUGCGGAAGACAGUGGUUGAGUUUCAGUGUCAGUCAGGUUCUAAAUCUUGUUUAUCAAACAUGACAGAGAUGUUUAAGAAAUGGAAGAAAGAUCCGCUGACCACAAGUGUGACACCGGCCUUGCGCAGCCUCGUCUAUUAUUACGGAAUACGCCAUGGAUCCAUUGAAGAUUGGGAACUAAUGCUUACACAACUCUACAAGAACACAAUUGCCUCAGAGUUCCAGCCUUUGCUGUAUGGACUCGCUGGGUCACGUGAUAUUGGUGUAUUAAACAGAUACCUCGAGGUGAUGCACAACCAAUCUAUCGUAAAGCAACAGUAUCUUAAAUACGUUCUGGAUGAUGUAGCCAAUCACAAUCCAGUUGGACCUGACAUCAUGUGGUCUUACAUUAAAUUCAACUGGGACAAACUCAAAGGAAGUAACCCUGUUGAUGCUAUGCUGCAGUAUCUACAAAUCACGACUCAAAGAUUCUCGAAAGCAAAUCAACUCGAAAAUCUUGAGAACUUCAUUAAUGCAAAUCUCAACGGUAAACCUAUGCCACGUCUACUGCGCAAGACCUUAGAGAUCGUGAAACUGAACAUUGCAUGGCGUAAAGCACACGAGAACGAUCUCGAGCAGUGGUUACAGGACUUCUUCAAAAGUAAAAGUAUCCCUGUUGGCAAUGAACCGGGCUUUAGCAAUUCAUAAAUCGUUSAAUGGACCUUCUGRAUAUACCUUCCUACAAAUCUUAGAGGGUACUUUCAUUCAAGAAGCAAAACAUGUAGCUUAUUGUCAUUUAAAAGCCUCCAAAAGCAGCAAUAUGUAAGAUGAAACUAAAACAAACAAACAAUAAUGAGGUUUCGCUAUGAAAUGAAAUAUUUUAGCGAUUUUGGAUUUCAGUUUAUAGGAAGUGUACACGAAGGUCCAUAUUGGUCAGCACUGCUGGAACGCGGAAGAGCUUUGGCAGCUUUUUUUCUAGCUUUAAAGCAGCCGUAAAGCUGUAAUGGAUAGUGCGAAUACGCUCCAGUCACUGGAUAUGGAGACUUGUUCAUGACUCUUCAUAUCCAGACCUAGUAGAAUGUAGAUUUAAUUUCAUUCUAUUUAGAAUUUCAGAGAAUUGGAGAAGAUCUAUUUGUUAGCAGUCCAGUCCUGGCUUCCGUUUCGACCCGUUUCGACCCACUACUCACGGAGGAAAUAGAGUCCAGUAAUAUAUUUUACAUGCGCAUUUGCAGAACCAAUCAAUCAGAUUAACAGUUGCUCACAAGGGAAAGGAAUAGUGUCGUUUUUCUAGUGCAUGAUUUGACAACAAAUAACAUUUCAUCAGUCUUCCUGAUAUCUUGUUUUUAUUGCACAAGAAUUGUAUCCACAAUAUUGAUGUGGUCAUCCCGAGGUGACUAAGCUGACAUGCGCAUGCAAGUUGUACUGGAUUCUGUUUCCCCGCGAGUUGUAAGCGGGUCGAAAGGGGAGGACAUGACUGGAAUUUUCAUAGGUAAAUUAUAGAAAACUCACAUCUUCGCUGGUUAAACCAGAAUAAAUAGAUAUCGUAAUUAAAAUUUAUAGUGAACACAUUAAGCGAAGUAAGAAAUGAUUCAAACCAAAACUCCAAGGUAGAAGAUCAGACAUUUCCCCUUUAUCGGCGAGUAGACUUCACAGGCGAGUAGUCGGACUCUCUUUGGACUUUGAGAACCGAGUGAAUAUUCGGGGAAAAUAUGUGGAGCACGGAGACUAAAAGGGACUUUGGGAAAACCUAGUUGGAAAGCAARAAGCAUGUCAGAGACAGAGUACGUUAAAUUGGACAGCUAUGUUUGAUGAUGUUCGAUAAUUCAACAUUUGUCGCCAGGCUUUACAAUGUAAGCGGCCUGAGAAAUAGACACUACAACGUCGAAACCCGAGUUCGCGGUGAAACGAAGACAAGUAUUUAAAUAAGGUUGAAGGAGUGGAAAGGCGAAUGCUAARUAGUGCACAAGACUUAUUAAUGUAUUUAACUGUAGCAACCACAAACUGUGCACGGUUUUUAGAUAGUGAACACUGUAAAUCACUCAAUAGUGUUCAAAUAAAAUCUCGUAAGAACGUGGA